CCUGUCGUGUCCGAGCACAGCCGAAGCUGCUCGGCUCGGAGGCUGCUCCCGCUUCGGGGGGGGGGGGGGGUUCCGGAAAUUGCCGAAGCUGCCCGGAGACUGAUCCUCGCAGCAAAAGAGAUAUAAUUAGCCAAAGGCCCCCUUUUCCCCACCUGUGGUGCAGGCAGGGACCAGUGGGGCAAACCCGGAGCGCGGUGAGUGCGCGCCCCCGAGAUCUCCUUUGUUGGCGGGCUGGUCCCUUUGCCUCGGGCCGCCUGGGAGGAAGUGAUAAGUGACCAAAUUUUGGCGCCAGCACCGAGACGCCGCCAGCCGGGCCCAAGAUCGAGCGAGAAGGGCAGACCCCCCCUGGUAGCCAGCUCCGCGCACAGCGGCCCCGCAACAAAGGUAAAAGCUCUGCAAGUCUGCAAUAAAAAUGGCCUCCAAUAAAACUACAUUGCACAAAAUGGGAAAGAAACAGAAUGGCAAAGGUAAAAAAGUUGAAGAAGCAGAGCCUGAAGAAUUUGUUGUGGAGAAAGUCCUGGACAGACGUGUAGUGAAUGGGAAGGUUGAAUACUUCUUGAAAUGGAAAGGAUUUACAGAUGCUGACAACACAUGGGAGCCUGAAGAAAACUUAGAUUGUCCAGAGUUAAUCGAAGCCUUUCUGAACUCCCAGAAAGCUGGUAAAGAAAAAACAGAUGGUGGGAAAAGAAAAUCUUUAUCAGAUAGUGAAUCUGAUGACAGUAAAUCAAAGAAAAAGAGGGAUUCUGUUGAUAAACCAAGGGGGUUUGCAAGAGGUCUUGAUCCUGAGCGGAUAAUUGGAGCCACAGAUAGCAGCGGAGAACUUAUGUUUCUCAUGAAAUGGAAAGACUCGGAUGAGGCAGACUUGGUGCUGGCCAAAGAAGCUAACAUGAAAUGUCCUCAGAUUGUAAUCGCUUUUUAUGAAGAGCGACUAACUUGGCAUUCGUGUCCGGAAGAUGAAGCACAAUAAUCAUUUGCAUUGCUUUUUUUAUAUAUAUAUGAAUAUGAAAACCUGGAUUUUGAUUUUAUUCUUUGAUUUAUUAGCAAUGUGAGAAAACCUCUACAUUCUAAUGAGAAUUGAGUUUGAUAUGUUUGUUUUUUGAAGUAGUGUGUUUUGCAUCAACAGCAAGUAAAUAAAGGCUUUCUGCAACUUGCUUCAUUAAUGACAGGACAGCAUUUGAUACUAUUUCCUCCAUAUUAGGUAAAGGCUUUUAUAUACCUUCAUGAUCCUCCAUAGUUAUUACUGAAUCAUAACAAAUGUUUAAACAAACUCACAGAUGUUUUAUAGUCUUCUAUGCUAUUGAUGUGCAUGUAUCUUCUUUACCCCAACCUAGCCCCAUAACAUGUAGAACCAUUCUUUUUAGUAUUUGAGGUAAUGUAGUCCCAAAGAGGCCAGGUAAAAACUAACUUUGUAGUAAUUUGAAUGUUAUCAUACUGUAUAUUGUUUACUUUAUUGUAAAUACUGGUGAACAGUGGUCAAUAAAAUAGUUUUAUAUUCUUCCUUUA